UACGGUAAAAGGGCAGGGACGUCGUGCGAGGUACGCGUUUCGAGAAGGAAAGAUGCGUGCGUCUCAGUGAAUUGCGCGAGAAGAAUCGUGCAGGAAGAAUCGGGAUAUUAAACGGAGCGUCGCGUGGUGCCGGUAGGUUUGUUCGAUCGACGAGACCUUAGUCGUGCCAGUUGGAUCGUUUUAAAAAAAAGCGUUCGCGGGCCGAUCAUAGGCAACACACGUAGAGAGAGUGAGAAGGGCUCGCCAGAGAGAUAGAUCCAGUAUUUAUUUGGACUAUCACUAUUAUUAUCUACAAUGGCAGUUAGGUAGUUGUAAAAAUUGACUAAGGACAUUCAAGAACUUCAAGCGUAUUUUUAUCAAAUUGAAGAUGUGAAGAGAACGCACAUGAUGAAGCCACAGAAGAAGGCUAUUGUUGCCCGAAAGGCAACUAAAAUGCCAACAGUAGCUAAAAAACGUCGCACUCUCUUGGAAAAGACCAUAUCAGAAGUAAGGAAGGAGAAGAAAUCUAAGAAACAGGAUAAAUCCGAAGAUCUGAAAAGAAAGUCAGACGGCGAGAAGAAAAAAUCAGAUAAAAUGGAAGAGAAAAAGAAAUAUGAAGAAAAGAAGAAAGUUGAAGAUAAGAAGAAGGACAAGUCAGAGAAAAUGGAUAAAAAGUGUAAUAAGGAUAAUGAAAAGAAAACUGAUAAAAUAAUCGAAGAGGAGAAAUUGGAUAGGGGAGAGGAAAAAGAAGAUACGGAAGAGUCACAGUGUGACAAUCAAGAUAAAAAAAAGGGACAAAAGUUAGAAGAGAGAACUAAAGUCGAAAAACAGUCUGCGGAUAAUAAAAAGAAAAUUGAAAAAUCGGAUGAUAGAAAAAAAUGUGGGAAAAUGGAUGAGGAAAGUGCGGAAGAUCAAGUGAAAUCUUUAAAUACCGUAGAGGAUAAGGAUGCGCUUGAAGACAAGACGGAUGUCCUAAGUUUGAGUUUGAAGAAGAGAGGGAAAGAGGAAAAGAAGAAGGAUAUAAAGCUGUCUAAAAUGGAUACGAAAGAAACAUCGAAGAACGUUCUGACGAAGGACAAGAAAUGCGAACGUAAAAAAAUGUCAGACAAAGAUACUGCUGCCAGUCGAAGAAACUCUCCGACGAGAACAAAGAAGAACUCCAAGACCAAAUCAUCUCAAAAGAAAAGUAUUCCACGAAAAACGGUUUUAGCGAAAAAGCCUCACUUUACGGUAGUCAACAAGUUCGUAGAUAAAAAGAUAAAACUAGUCAAAUCUUUAAAGGUAGAGGAAACGAUUAACGAGGAGGAAGAGGAAGCUAAGAAAGCUAAGAAAAAAAAUACAUGCGCGUCGAAGGGUAAAGGUACGCAAGAGAAGAAGCCAAAAUUAGGUAAACAUAUGAAGGCCAAGUUGCCGCAGAAAAAUUCAAAGAUUUGUGGAGUGAUUAAGGCGGAAGAUAAGUUGAAAACGAUGGCUGAGAAAAUGAUUUUGAAGAAGAAAAUUGAGUUGAAAGCCAUAGAGAAAACAUUGAACGAAACUAAAAAAAUGUCUCAUAGCAAUGCGGUAAAUGACAGAGCACCCACGCCUGAAAUAAAAAAUGAAGUUUUAGAGGAGAGAGAAUUGGAAAAGAAUAAAGAGGAAAGAGAGCCAAGACCCAAAUCGCCAGACGAAAAGAAACCUAUGAAGGGUAACACAAAAAUUGGUAAAAAGGUUCCAAAAAAGAUAUCGAAAGGAAAGACACAAAACGAGAGCAACAAUCAAAGAUCUUCUUCUCCCAUGGAAUCCUCCAUGGGAGAAUCCGUUAAACAAUCUAAAGAAUGCGAGGAUGGUAUGAAAAAUGCGAUGGCUGGUACAAAAAAAGAAGAAGUUAAUAACGAAAGCGUUAUUCAAAUAGAUUUAAAAGUCGAGACUGUCAAUGGGGGUAGUACCAGUGGUGUGACCUCGGCAUCCGAAUCGGACGAGGAUUAUGACGAGGAUAUAAAUAAAAAAAGUAAGCAAAGGUAUGCCAAGAAAAAGGAGAGAUCUAGUUCACCUUCCGAUGAACGUGCUAGGAGGAUAAGACUUUUUGGAUUCUGGAACGGACCAAAGCGACACAGAGUGGCAUCAUUGAAUGCUUUGGCGAAGGUACAUUGCCUCUAUGAAAAUGAAACCGGGGGAGUGUAUCUUGGAGGCUUCUGUAAGCCUAAGCCGGAGAAAGAGAAGCAGAAAAAGAAUAAAGAGGAAAAGGAGGAAAGUCAAGUGCGUAAAGAAAAAGAAAAAAAGUCGAGUGAGAAGAAGCCGGAAGAACUUCCAACUCCAAAAAGAAAAUUGAGAAAUGUUCCAGGAUUAAGGGGGAAACAUUGGGACAUGUUGGAGAGUUCAUCGUCUUCUCCCUCUUCGGACGAGGACUAUGAGCGUGAGAAAAACAUUGAACGUUCUAAAAAGAAAGUUAUCAAGAGAAGGAAGAGAAACGAAGAGGUUAUGGAUUUGAAGGAUAUGGUUGUGUGUAAAAGGAUGGCCAGUCUUAACGCAUCGGCAAUUUUGGCUGCAUCGUAUUCGGAUGAAAAGAAUCGUUGCGGAUCUAGUAGUGACUCUUCGAGCGAAUCGGAAGUGGAAAUUAUCAAGAGACGCAGGCAACAUGAUUCGGAUGCAGAGAAAAAGAAAGGAAGACAAGGCUCAGAUCCGGAUGAUGUUUUAAAGCCAUCUAAAAAAGUUGUAAUCGUUAAUCAAGAUACUGAUGUAACUAUAACAGGUGUUUACGUUAACCAAACACGGUCGACGCAUCACGAAGGUUUCUGCAGUAUCGCUGGUAUGCAAUACAGAAUCAGUUCGACCAGUCACACACAAACUGCAGCUACGGCGGUAGCUACUGAACUUCACGAUCAGCAAAAGACAGAGCAACCAUGCAAAUCUUACACGCCGUUGGGUGCGUUAUCGUCUAUGCAACCACCGGGCAGUCAAGGAAAUCAUCCAAAUAUGUCACCGCGAAGGCAUUCGGCAUUUUCUGCGCCGCAUCAGCACGGGUAUUAUCAGCCGGCUGGACCACUGAUACAGCACCCGCCAACAUUACCCCCGGUUAAGGGCCCACCACCGGAACCAACUCCCACGCCUCCUCAAAACUCGGAAGGCUCGGACGAUUUGGUCGCGACAUCGACCACUUCCGGUGGCACGAGUAGUACAGGUGCAUUCAGAUAUUCCUAUACAGCGGAUAUUCCAGGUGGAGGAGGCUUUUAUAGGGCAUAUUGCCCUUCCUAUUAUAGCACGCCACCUCAGUAUCAAGAUCUCUGUUAUCCACCUACGUAUACCCAUCCUCACGCUCAUCCUCCGCCGUACUACAAGUACGCGCCAACUUACAGAAGAUUUCUUUGUAGGCAGUACUAUGGGUAUCAGGAAUCUGGUGGAGGCGGAGGACCGGGAGGUGGAGGCACGGCUGGUGGUCCUGGAGUCGUUGACUAUCAACCACCGCCACCGCCACCCGGAGAAUAUCCCUUGCCUCCGUAUUACGGGGGUUACCCUCCACCACCACCUCCGGCUAAUCCAGCAUAUCUUCAUUCUCAGGGAAGACCUUUCGUAGACCACGCAGCCUUCCAGGGUUGUCCGUGCCCGAUGCAGUCAUGUCCAAAAAACGUGGAUACUGGGCCCCUUAUUGGUAAUGGUAAGGGAGCGCCAGUGGUAUCGGGGCCCGGUCUGUCAUUGCCGCCCAGUGCUUUGGUAGGUCCGCCCUCGCCAGCGAGGGGGCUAGCCGGGCUAGCGCCACCUCAUGGUGCCAAUGCCUGGGAUACGGAUCGUGUCCAACUCAACACUUUACGCAACCUCAAUCAAAGCCAACCGGCUGUUCCACCGUCUCAUAAUCUUGUCGGUGGUCAUAAUCGUUCUCAGAACUCUGACUGCAGGAGCAAGGACGAGAAGAAUUGCACCGAGGACAAGUUGAGAAAGUGUGCCUGUCAGAAACACGGCUGCACAUCUACUUGCGAGGUCAAGAUGGAGACACUCUCGCCGAGCGAAAAGCUCACGGUUGGGAACUGUCCGAGCAGCAAGUUUCACGAAUUCAAACUCGAGAACAAUAACGUUAAGUGCGAGUCCUGCAGCGUCGAGAUCGGGGAUAAUUUGAGUUGCGCGGCGAAUUGUAACGUGAAAUGUGAGUCGGACUACAAGUGCGAUAUCAUGAAGUGCGAGCAGUGCAUGAAAGAGAGCAAAAUGGCUAUAUUGGAGAUUGACAAGGAUUCGGGUAUUUUACUGAUCGACGAUAAGCUCGACGCUGAUCCGGACGUGAAGGAGGAGCUCAACGACGUCGUGGUGAUAGGUAAUGAGAAUUGGAAAAAGCCGGAUUACGAGCCGACCGUUCAAGAAACGGUCGAAGAUAAGGAAGAGAUCCCGGUCGAAAAGAUUCCGGUUGAGGUUGAACAACCAAAGUGUCAAAAGGUAACCAAACGAAAAUUGUCGUUGGACAGUUUGUCGGAUGGACGUAAGAAAAGGAAGGUUAGCAAGAGAACUCUGUCGGUUGGCUCGACUCAAGAUCUUAACGAUAAUACGAGCAAAGUGAUAGCACCGAUCGAGCCGCUUCUCGAUAAGGUGGACGGUGUCAACGAAGCGUGCGUUUCGAAAAAGAAACAGGCCAAGAAGGAGAGUCAACAGGUACAGGGUCAGAAACGUAAAGCCGAGACUCCUAACAGUUCGGAAUCCGCGUCGAAAAAGUCAAAGUGUACGAAACAAGCGGCGUGUAAUAACAGCUUGACGAGUAAUUCGAAAUCUCCGGCUAGCGAUACUUCCAUCAUGGAGACCAUCGAUAAGGUUAUACAGCAGAGCUUGCAAAUGACCCAGAAGAAGGAUCGGAAGACAAAGAUUAACGAUAAAUCGGAAAAUAAGAAGAACAAGGGUACUAGUAUCUUAAAGAAGGUUGGUAAAAAGUUGGGCUUGGCUAAGGAAUUGGAAAAAAUAUCGAAGAUAGUAACGAAGAUCAGUCAGAGUAAGGGUAAAACUGAGAAAACGAAGGCAAAAACGCAGGACGUCAAAUCUAGAAGCAGAAGCAAGGGCAAAUCGCAGGAGACAAAGUCUGCUAAGGGUCAGGAUACGAAAUCGAAAGAUAGCACGAAGAAAAACGAAGCGACGAGCAAAGGUUGUAAGGCCGGUGGCGAGGCUAGCGAAGAAACGAAGAAGCCGGCAUUGAUCAAGAAGAAACGGAAGAGCGCGAAAAAGUCUAACGUAAAGAGAGCAACCUCCAAAAUCGAGGAUACCGUAGGAGGGAGUGAAAAUUUGUCGCUCGCUAGAAAAACAUUUUUAAAGCCGAAAUGGAGUAACGGCUGGAGUUGGGAGGGUGACGCUUUCGAAGCCAAAGUUUACUUAACGAACGAGGAGUCGGCUAUACGUCGGUGUUACGCUAGCAUGAAGCACGAGAGCGGCGAUGUCCUGAGACCCAGAGACUGCGUUUUACUUAAGAGUGGACCAAGGAAGGCCGAUUUGCCGUUCGUUGCGAAGAUAGCUGCGCUUUGGGAAAAUCCAGACGACGGUGAGAUGAUGUUUUCGCUACUGUGGUACUACAGGCCGGAACACACGGAACAGGGCCGUACGCAAUGCGACACCGAGGACGAGGUGUUUGCUUCUCGCCACAGAGAUGCCAACAGUGUCGCUUGCAUAGAGGACAAGUGUUAUAUUCUAACAUUUAACGAGUAUUGUCGCUACCGCAAGAAUUUGCGAAGAAUCGAAGAGGGUUUGGAGAGUCCCGGUUUAAUAGUUCCACCGGGGGACCAAGUAUAUCCGAGAAAGAAUCGGCAACCGCCGAUACCAGUACCGUCGGACAUGGUACUCUUCUGUCGGCGCGUUUACGAUUAUCGCGGAAAAAAACUCGUCAAGAAUCCUGGAUGACUCGAAUUCCUAUAAGAUACUUCGAAUAGGAACAAAUGGAAUACACAAAGUUUGCGGGCCACAUUGAAACUGGACGCAGGUUUCCCCUCAAGCUUAAUUAGCGUCGUAUCGAGCGAUUCUUCUUGAUCUCUCUCUUUCCCUCUCUUUUUUAUCCUUUCCUUUUUUAUUUACUCAUCAAUUUUCAAUAGGAUCCUAUUAUUUCAGUGUCAAUUUUAAAGAAAAAUUUUUUUACAUAAUUUCCUUUCGAAUUUCUCGCAAUAUUUUUCAAAUUUUUUUUAUCCUUUCUAUAUUAUCAAGUUAUACAUAUUGUCACGAAACAUAUGUUUAAGUUAUUGCGAGAUGAUACAAAUGAGAUCACGAUGAAUCAUUCAUAAAAAAAAAAAAAAAAAAAAAAAAAAACCUGACGAUAUCCAUUUCUAGAUUACGUGUCGAUCGAACGAUCGUUUCUAAGAUCCAACAAAAAAGACAACCGUUUGUUUGUUAAUCAUACGUAUAAUCCCACGCAUAAUUAAUAUAUAUAUAUAUAUACACACACACAUAUAUAUAUAUAUAUGUGUGUGUGUGUAUAUAUAUAUCUUCGAUAUCUUCCCGAUAUCUUUCCUACAUCAAUAGAAUGAUAGUAGAGGAAGAAUACGAUCGUUCGCAAUCGACGCGAAUCGUCGCGUAUCGACGACGUAAGAGCGUUUAUAGCGAAUUAGUAGAAUUUGACAAUUUUAUAGAAGAGAAUAUAAUAUUUUUUGCGACAUAGAGCGUGUACGAGCUUUAAAUGAAUAUUUUUCACAUAGGAGGUACAAAAUAUACGACGCGGUCGUCUGUUAAAAGCGACGUGAUCUUUCUUGGUGGGAACCUUCGGACAGUUUCAAAGUAUAGGAAUCAGAAAAAAGAAAAGAACAAGAAAAAGAAAAAAUAGAGCACUCGACCAUAUUUAGCGAAGAAAAGGAAAAAAAAAAAUAAUAAUAAUAAUAAUACAGAAAUUUAGCGAUGUAAGGAGCGCGCGAUACGCGUUUUCUCGCGUUUCUCGAUUUAAUGAAAAAGAAACAUUCUGGUAGAUCUAACAGCGGCAAGUGUGACGUGACACUUUCGUAAAUCCAUUUUGCGUAGCAUCCAUCGUUCGAAGUGAAUAUCGUAAGGUGUUCCGAGGUUAACGAGAGCACAGAACUGCAAAAUAAAGAUAAUGAAUUCUUAAGAGAAGCAAGAAAAGGAAAAAGAAGAAAGAAAAAAAAAAGAAAGAAAGAAACAAAGGAACAACAUGGGGGGGGGGGAAACAAAAUUAAAGAAAAAAGGAAAUACUGUCAGACCCGCGCACACGCAUCAUCAUUCCCGAGUAUAUUAUCAUUAUUGUUAUCGUUAAUCGACGAUGUAAAACCCAUUUUCUCGUGGUCCAGCACGUAGAGAAGAAGAUAGAACGAUUUCUGAAUGUUUCUAAGCUCGAUUUGAUCGAUGAGAAAAAACAAAAAAGAAAUUAAGAAAUAAACAAAAAGGAAUAAAGAAUCUCCUUACUCGCAGCUCCCAUUCGUCGUCUUAUCGAAAUCGUUUGAUUUUUUUAAAAAGAGGAAAAAACAAAUUUCUUGUUCGACGAAUCGAACGUAAUCGUUUUUUUUUUUUUGUUUUUUUUUUCUUCUUUUCCCCGUGUCAAAUACGACGCACGAGUAAUCGAAUCCGGAGAUUUGUUUUUAAUCUCGAAAGAAUUUUUACUGCAAACAUUCGAUCGGUAGAUAUUUUGUCCAGUCUCGAGUACGAAUUGCUACAAAGUCGAUGAAUGAAAGGUUAAACGAGUCGCGUUUCACCAACGUUGGUUUUUUGUUUUGAUUUUUUGUUUCUCUCUCUCUCUCUCUCUCUCUCUCUCUCUCUAUCCAACAGAAGCAAACGCGGAAAUUUUAUUUUUUCAUCCAAUACCCUCAUCGUCCGACGAUAGUCUCCCACGCGCAUCUACCACACAUAGCCACGUACAAACAUUCGCAUAUACGCGCACGCGCGUACACGCACACAUACAAACACCAUACUGCGAGUCUCGGGAAUACACGAUUUUCUUUUCUUUUUUCUUUUACAUAUUUUUCUCGCAACUUUGUCCUUUUUGUUUCUUUUCUUUUCUUUUUUUUUUUCUUCCCCCCCCCCCCCUCUUUAAUCACGAUCUCUCGUUCAAUCGCGCGAGAAGCGUGAUUAUUUAUAAUAUUAUUAUUAUUACUAUUCUUUCCCUAUGUCCCUUCCUUAUCGACCUCCUCCCCCCUUUAGUAGUAAAUAUUAUUGCGAGUCAUCGUAAAGUAUAAUCCAUUUAGUGAGUAGCAAAUGUAUGACGGUAGUAUGCCAAAAAAAAAAAAAAAAGGAAAUAAUUAAAAAGAAAGAGAAGAGAGGUGUACGUGUUCGAAAAGACGUCGAACGAGGAGAAAUAAAAAAUACUUCUAUUUUAAAUGACGUUAACGCGCGAGUUACGAGUAAAAGUCACGUGACUCCACGUCCGAAGAUUCGUACAUUAAACAAACACACACACAUAUACACACACGGAAUCUUUUCCCUUAUUAAUAAUAAAAACGUUAGCCACUUCUAUACAAAAUUCCAAGUUGAAACGAACAACCACGUUAAUUUUGUUUAUUUGUUGAAUGGAGGGUGAUUUGUUAGAAAUUAUAUUAUUUAAAAUUAA